CUCACUAAACAUGAACUGUCGACUCGGUUCCCCAAUUCUCUUUACUCUCUAUAUUCUGUCCCCAGCUUCAGAACCCAGAAAGCAAAAGCGGCAUAUAAAGAGAAACAAGCCAUGGAUUAAAGCAACCAAAAGCCAACAAAAGCAACGCUUACACACCAAUUCUUUCUUUCUUUAUUCGUUCUUUCCCACUUCACUUUGCUUACUCCCUCCUCUGCCUAUGAUUCAACACGCAUUUAAUUUUCCGUUCUCCCGUCUCUCUCAUGGAUUUUCUUCUUCACACGCCCAACCCCAUAUCCAAAAUGAUAUCUUUCAUCACUCAGCUCACGCUCUUCUCAUUCCUCACCUUCGCCACAGCUCAAUCCAGCACUUGCAGAACCUCUUGUGGUGGAAUUCCCAUAAACUACCCUUUCGGCAUCGACGAUGGAUGUGGAAGCCCGUAUUACAGACACAUUCUGGUUUGCUCCGAUUCAGGAAAACUCGAGCUCAGAACCCCAUCUGGGAGAUACCCAGUUCGUAACUUGAGCUAUUCUGACCCUCACAUUCUGGUCUCAGAUCCACUCAUGUGGAGCUGUGAAGAUGGCGAGCAUUUUCGACCCACCAGGCCAUUUAGCUUAGACACAAGUACCCAUUUCAAGCUUUCCCCACAAAACGAGUACUUAUUCUUCAAUUGCAGUGAAGAUCGUGUGAUCAUGGAACCAAAGCCUAUAUUCUGUGAACAUUUCCCUGAGCAUUGUGAUUCUUCCUGUGAUAGUGCUAGCUAUCUUUGUAGGCACCUUCCUGGGUGUGCUUUUGCUUUGAGUGGGAGUUCUUGCUGCUCUUACUACCCAAAAGCUACUGAAUCUUUGAGGUUGAUGCUUAAGUACUGUACUAGUUAUACUAGUGUGUAUUGGAGAAACGUGGGUGCUCCUCAACCGUAUGAUCAAGUGCCCGAAUAUGGAAUCAGAGUUGAUUUCGAUAUACCAGUCACUACUAGAUGCCUUCAGUGUCAGGAUCCCAUGAAAGGAGGUGGAACUUGUGGGUUUGAUACACAGAACCAGAAUUUCUUGUGCCUAUGUAAGGAUGGAAAUUCCACUACCCAUUGCAAAGAUCAUGAUAUUGCCAGGCACAGUAAGAUGGUACAUGUGAUUGCAGGGACAGUUAGUGCGAUUUCAGCUGCAGGGGCAUUUGGAGUUGGAGCUGGAAUUUGGUACCUGAAGAAAGUGAGGACCAAAGCACCAGUAACUUGCGGAGUUCAAAGCAACGAGAAUAGGCUUUUCUGAAUAUGACCAGCCAAACGCUGAGAAUCAGACACUCACACCUUCUUUCUUUUUUAGUUUUUUGAUGGAGCUAUAUAUAUAUAUAUAUAUAUUUAUACUUCAGUUAUAUAGUGGCCUUUAUAAUGCUUCUUCUGGAGUUUCUUCCCUAUUUUUCCCACUUUCUGAUUGGCACCUCUGUUACUUUAAUGGUGGUGAUUGUAAUUUCUUUAUAUCUGUUGACUAUUGGAAACAAAAGGCUAUGCCGAACAAUAUGUUCUACACUUCUUCAUAUCAACAGCCUCUUCAUUUUCUCGAGAAAAACACAAGCAGCUGUCACAACUCACAGAACCAAGUCUUCUGCAAAGCAGGGGAUAUGGUUAUCAUAUUCAGCUUAUUAUUAUCCAGCUAGGUGGUACCUCAGGAGAAUUUUUUCAAAACCACUCUGAUGUACACCG